AUCAGUUAAUUUUAUAGGUUAUGCGUGGACAGAUGGCUUAUGUAUUUAUGCCACCUGUUGAUUCAAUAAGAUCGCGAAUAACAGUAUAUUGUGCAUUAUGUUGUAUUAAUAGUAGUUUGAUCAAUUUUUCUUGUUUCCCUUAUGAAACUAAUAGUAACAAAUAUCAGAUUGAGCAUCGAUUGCGGCUUUAUAAACUAUUAUCUCAUGGUCUAAAAUGUAAAUGUUUGAGAAUAUAUUAUGACCUGGUAAUAUAUUAAUGCUGGACGUUAUAAAAGCUAAUUGAGAGAAAAAGUAUUGGUACACAAUAACUGCGUAUAUAUGCAACAUAAUAUAUUCAAUAUAUAAAUUAACUCUGUGCAGUGUUUUGCAAAUUUAUUUUGAGAAGAAUUAAUGUUACAAAUAACAUGGAAAAUGAUUAAAAGUCAAAAAAACUCAAGGCAUAGAAAAUGCAUAAAAAAGUUUUUAAUUAAUGAAAUAAGUGAGUUUAACUAAGGUCAAGUACUAUGACUAAGUACAGGAACAUGGAAUAGUUUCUAUAUAGUGGUUAAUUGCUGCCUUAACACAUUUAUUUAGCUGAAUAAUCAUGCCUUUAUUUAAUUUUAUAUGGUAACAGAAUGUGUCUCCGUUUUUUAAAAAAAAGAUCAGUAUUUUUUAUGGGUUUUGGAAUUGGCUUUGUUCUUCCACUGUUAUUUUAUUUAUUAAGAAGAAUUUUUGUGACUCAACUGACAUCUGAUCAAGAACUAUGGCAGCCUGAGUAUUAUUUAGAUAAAGAGCCACACUAUGAAAAAAUUAUUUUACAAUUUUGGAAAAAAGAGAAGAGAACAUCAUUUGGCUAUUCUAACAAUGUUAUAUACAAUACUUGGUUGGCACAACAAAAUUUAAGAUCAUAUAAAAUUGAUCUGGAUAAGUAUCUGUAUGGUGCACAAGAAAAAGAUAAUGCAAAGGAAAUUGUAAGCAUGGAAUGGAAUUGGUUGUCAAAAAAAGUUUCUGUUACAUGUGUGGUUUUUAUAGAAAAACUCAAGUUAGGAAAAUCAAUUCAAGCCACAUGGGGCAAACGCUGUAACAAUAUAUACUUUUUUGGACACCGUUUGAAGAAUGCAGAACUGCCUGUUAUAAAUAUAAGUACAAAGAUUACAUCUUCGUGGCAACUGCUGUGUGAAGCUAUGAAUUAUAUUUGGAGUGAUGAAGCAGUGGAUAAAUUGAAAUGGAUUAUUUUUGUGAAGGAUGAUACUAUGGUCAUACCAGAGAAUUUGCGUUAUAUAGUUGCUCCAUUAGACCACAGAAAUAACUAUUAUUUGGGUCAUUCUGUAAUUAUGUGGGGCCAACCUUACAAUGUUGCACAAUCUGGAUAUGUUCUUAGUAGAGGAGCAUUGGGUAAGGUAGUAAAAAUGUUCAAUACUUCAGAAAAAUGUGCUGCAGGUGGAAAGUAUUGGAAAAAAGAAGAUUAUUAUCUUGGAAAACAUUUGUUGUCUUUGGGUAUACAACCAUCUGAUACCAGAGAUCAGUAUUUAAGAGGUACUUUUCAUGGUUAUUCCUUACAAACUCUCCUAUGGGGUGUAAACAAACCAGACAGCUACUGGACACGUGCUAUGUAUCCAACGAAAGGGGCAUGUUGCUCGCCUGUAUCUGUAACUUUCAGUACCAGUGAACCUGAUAAAAUGCACAUGCUGAAUUAUUUAUUGUACAAUUUGCGUGUGUUUAUGGGCGAAGGCAGAUUUGGUAAUAUACCUGCUAAAGCUCCAGUACCUGAAAAUGAUGUGUGGAAAAUUGCAUUGAAAGAAGAAUUUAACAUCACAUACUUGAACAAUAUUACGAGUGACGCUUAUUAUGAAAUAUGGCAUUCGAAAUAUUCCGAGCCGGGGCAGAUAAACAUUGCUAAAGAUUAUCGAAUCACGUUAGAUUGUUUAUUGGCGAACUACAAAAAGAAAAACAAAUCUAUGGACGAUAAAUCUGACGAAAAAUGUUAUUGACAAGACACAAACUUAAGUAGACUAUUAAGACGGAGAAGUUAAUAGUUUAUAUCAAAUUAUAUCAGAGAAUAUACCAAAAGUCAAUACAAUAUCUUUGGCUUCUUCGUAACAUAAUUAUUUAUGCAAUAAAAUCGAAUUUAUAAGAAAAUGUUGACAGAUAAGAAUAUUAAUAAAAGUAAUAUUUCGAUUUGUGUAAUCCGUUUUGCCUGUUAGAAAAUUUAUUCGAUCGCGCCUUGUUCUUGACGUUUGUAUCAUUAAUGGGAAAUGGUUGAUAACUGCUUCCUUCAUUAUUUCGGACUCGCAUUAUCAAACCAAUUAGAAGCUAAUUAACGUCUAUAGCGAUAACGAUAAUUUAAUCUCGUUCUCGAAACGUUUUCGCAGAAAUGCAUGUCUAUCGUUAUUCAUACAGUGUUACUUAAUUAUCAAUAUAAAAACCGUUAUAAAAAUGAGAGUAAUGAAAAAACAUAAGUUGCUUGCAAAAACACAUGCAUUAUAUAAAUAAUUCAUAUGUAAAAUUUAAACAUUGUAUGAAAAUAUAAUCUUUAAUUUGUUGACCUAUA